UCCAGCAAUCUCACAAUGAAGAUGAAUCGAUUGUUUCUCAUCACUAUCUCACUGCUUUGUAUAGCAGCUGACCAGCCAGGAGCAGCUAUUGAGUUAAAAUGUGAUGAUUAUCCGAAAAUCCCAGACUGUCCAACUCGUUACAUUCCCCUCUGUGGAACAAAUGGCAAGGAUUAUCUGAACCCCUGCUAUUUGUGUCGCCACAACAAGAGAACUGGAGAGAAUGUUGCAAUCUUACACGAAGGAUUCUGUACCUGUCACGACAUGAAACUCAGUUAA